AUGGCGAUUCCCUAUGUAUGCAAGUGUAGAUUUAUACCAUUUCUUCGUCUCCCCCUUUCGCCCAUCAUGACCACAACACUCGAACGCAGCCUCUCUCGCACGUCGAGCAUGUCCAUCCCUGUCUCAAGCCCCCGAUUAUCUCUCAUCCACGAAAACACACCUCCAGCCCUAGCAGAUCCGUCCCUAUCACACAUCCAUGACCGCCUGACUUUUCUGGACUCCCGCCUACUCGAGCUACGCUCCAGCGUUCUGACCAAAGAUGGCUACGUUGACCGACGAAACCGCGAAGACGAACACAUUCGCCGUGAAUUCGAAGCACACCGGUCAAUUUCCAGCCGAAUCGAUCUCAAUGUCGUUGCGUUGAAGACAGACGUCGACCAGUUGAAGUCAGGGAUAUCCCAACUCAAGUCCAGUAUCGGCCAAAGCGGCAAUGAGACCGUCUUCCUUCGCAGUGAUGUCGACCGCUUGUCGAAGAACGUGGAACAGAUCCAGUCAGAUGUUGAGCACCUGCAGACUGACGUAUGCGGAUGCCGCGUGGAGAUCAGCAAACUACAUGCGACCAUCAGCCAACUUCGAACUGAUCUGAUUACUCUGCAACAUGAGACAUCGCGGCAUUUGACUUCUGUGUUCAAUCGAUUCUCUCUCAUCGAAGCUCGGAUGAAGCAUUCUGAACGAGUCCGUUUCAACUCGUUGGCCCACACGACACACGCCCCGAUCACGCCUGUUCCUGUAGUCGAGGAAGACGGGUCCUUGCAAUGGCCCGAAUACUUCCCUCGCACUGUUUGGAGGUUCUGGUGUUUGAAGAAGCGAAGCAGGAUCAAUCGAUUGGCGCAACUGGCCGAGUUCUAUCAGCUCGGAGGAUACGAGUAUUGGGGCCGCAUGCAUCAAGAGCAGACGCUCUUUGCCAGUGAUAGCGAUUCCAGUGAUUCCAGUGAUUAUCCGUCCAACCUAAGUCGCGCAGAAGCCGUACGCCUGUACCCCGAGGCCGCACACCAGGCGCUGGCCGCGACCUUGGGGUUGGUAUAUUAUAAGAUUCGAAACGAAGUGGGCGAAGGCCCGAAUGCUUCUAUUACUCGCCCACCUAAACGCCAGCAGGAAGAGGCUAUUUCGGCUACUUCGAGCAAGGAGAAGCCGGUCAAAAUGGCACGCCGGCCAACCGUGUCACCUACGACUUUGAAAAGGCUCAUCACUGGACCCUCUGUGGAGUCUAAGUCUUUGACCUCUGAAGAGUCUGAUAAGCUUGGCUGGAAUGCCUACUCUGAUGUGUCAGACGACACAAUGAGCAAGCUUCGUGGGAUCGUAUCGGACGAAGUUGGCACAUUGCUUCGAGCCUUGGAGAAAGGCCGAAUCCGACUUCGAUCCAACAGAUCGGAGCGGACAAAUUUGUCGCCCACUGAGUCUAGAGCCGCCGAGUCGAAAGCUGGCUCUCGCAACAGCAAGGCUGCACCUGAGGAUGAACCAACUCUGCCGAAUACGAUUCCUACUGAAGUAUUAUCUAUUUCCUCUGAUCAUGCCGAGAAAAUCGGAGAUCACGAGCUUCCAGACACCGCGUCUGAUGCUUCGAGUCCGCUGACUUGA